UGAACGGGCUCCAGGCUCGGAUCUUUGGCGUUUGGACCCUGCUGUCAUCAGUGAUCCGCUGCCUCUGCGCCAUCGACAUCCGCAACAGGACCCUCUACUACAUCACGCUCUUCACCUUCUUUUUGGCCCUUGCUCACUUCCUCUCCGAGGUCUUCAUUUACCACACCGCAGCCCUUACAAUUGGAGUCAUGGCACCCCUCAUGGUAGCAAGUUUCUCUAUCUUGGGGAUGCUGAUUGGGCUGCAGUACCUGGAGGUAGAAGCACUGUCACAAAACAAGAAGAAAAACUGA